AUGUUUAGCCUGCCAAAUCUUUCACCACGCCAGGCCCUUGCUCAGGCACUUAACCUGUGUCUAGUAGUUACCACUGCCUUUAUGUUUUAUAAAGGUCUUUCAGUCGUCACAAACUCUCCUUCUCCUAUUGUUGUUGUCCUCUCAGGUUCCAUGGAACCAGCCUUCCAACGUGGUGACAUUCUCUUUCUUUGGAACCAAGAACAUCGUGUCUCUACAGGAGAUAUUGUGGUUUAUAACAUCAAGGACCGUGAAAUUCCAAUUGUUCAUCGAGUUUUACGCCAACACGCAUCCCCUAAAAAACAACUGCUUCUUACAAAGGGUGAUAAUAAUGCUCUUGAUGACCUUGAUCUCUAUGCUCACAAGCAAAUGUAUCUUGAUCGUGAGGCCGAAGUUGUUGGUUCUGUAAAAGGAUAUAUUCCAAUUGUGGGCUACAUUACAAUUCUUUUAACAGAAAAUCAAAACUUCAAGUAUGCAUUGUUAGGAUUAAUUGGGUUAAGUACUCUGCUACAAGGUGAAAAUUAG